CUCGAACGUUAGAAUUUGUCGUUGUCCGAAAACAAACUAACCCGUAGCAAAGGAAAAACAGUGAGAGUGAGUAGGUAUUAGAAAUAGUAGAAUUCGCAAACAAAAUUACCCAAAGUAGGAUGGGUGAAGACGAAGCGGAAGAGGUCGCGGAAGUGCCGGCUGCAGAGCAAGGUGACGCUCCCGUCGAAGAGCUCACGAUAAGUGCAGAAGAUGGAGGUGCCCAAGUUUAAGCUCUCGGUCUAUAGAAAAUCAUCAUGAUCAUGUUCACCACAAGGCUCCUCUGGUAAGUACUUGUUCUACUUCUUAUUGUGGUGUUCUACUUGUUUCUUGUGAUUCUCCUUGAAAGUAAUUGUGCCACAAAACCCCACUUGAGAUAAGUAACCGAGAUAUGUCUUUUGGUUUUGCCAGAGGUGCUCUAACAAAAGACAGGAGAGGAUGGGGGCGUGGGAGGUGCUCUUGAGGAGCCAGACGAAGGAGUCUCACCAAGAAGUAUGCACAGUAUAGCUGAGGAGAGUGGCAAUUUAGACGAAUCAACGGGUGGCGCGGGUGCCGAUCCACCAGUAGCAGCGGCGGUAGAUGCAGAAGCAGCGCACCUAUUGGAGGACGUGGCAGAGGAAGGUGAUGCGGACAGUGGAACAGAUAUGACUCGGAUUUCCUAUAUUUGCAAUGAUAUAAACGCGGUUUGAUGUAGUUGUACUUACUCCUACUUUAUGAACGCGGGUUGAUGUUGUACUUACUCCUACUCUAUCAAUAACGCGGGAUGAUGUACUUACUCCUACUCUAUCAGUUUUCCCAUUUAGAAGCGGAUGUAGCUAUGGACUAUGGUGCAUAGAUAGUUUUGAUCUGUGAAAUCGGGAUUGCUACAAUUUCAAGUAAGACGCUCUAAUGCAGAUGAGGCGACAGCAUCAGGAAGUCGUCGAAAGCCGACUGGCGGUAAUGAGGCAGACGGCGCUGAGGAGGGCGGAGAUAGCGCCGCAAGGCCAGAUAGCAAGAGUUUUGCGGAGCAACAGGAACCAGAUUCACCCGGCGGCCAUUCAUUGGAGGCCAGCCGCGUUAGUACAGGAGAUGCAGAGGAGGUAAUCACCUUUUCUUUACUCUACUAGUCGUACUUUCUUCUACUUCACGAUUACGAUUUGAGACUGAGUACUUGUAAUAUCAACAACCUUCUAAAGGAUCAAGUACACGCAGUCUCCUGUUGCUACAUCCAAUUUCAAUUUGAUCUAUCCCCAACUUUCAGGUCCUGAAGGCAGAAUCAUCUUCGUCGGAGGAAAAUGGGGAGUCGCGGUUCCUACGUACAAUCAAUUCUUCAUCUUUUUGUGUCCAGACGCACGAGGACGUUAUUCUUGUCGUCGUGAUAACUAGAGACGAAGAACAUAGAGUGAAUGGAUCGCUUGGGUGUUUAGCUGUGUUUGUCAGUUUCAAACGAGACACUGCCAGACACAUCAACACUUGACUUACCAUUUUAUCUAUUUUUUUCAAGUUCAACAGGCAACAGCAUAACUUUUGUCAUUACUUUAUUUGGUAAAAAAUGACAUUAAUACAAAAAGAGCGCUGCAACAAGUUAUGCUUUCCUCUCAUCUUCAGGUGACUUAAUCAAAAGCGUCAUUUCGGCAGAAAUAGUGUCGCUUCGACAGAGUGCACCAAGCGAGACGUCGGUGGAGAGCGUCUUCGGGGAUCCUAUGAGUAUGGAGGAGGACAUGGCUGAAGAACAUGAGAAAGACGAAGAGGAACCAGAGGAAGAAGAGGAGAAAACCGACGGUCGGAAAAGUCCACCAUCAAAAAAAGGAAGCAAGCCAUUAGGGGUAAUGAUGAUAGAGUCAAAUUUUCUCCAUCAACAUGGGUCUCCGUCUCACGAGUAUUUUGAGCCAUAGGCACCAUGUGCGAGGUAUCAAUUGCACUGUAAUGCUUGCUCAUCUUUGACUCCAGGCCAAACGGAAAGCCAAAAGCAAGGCAAAGGCGUCAAAAGCUGAAAGUAAAGCGAAAGCAAAGCAGAGUAAAGCUAGCGCACCCGGCUCAGAGGCUGCGGGUGCAGAUGCCGCUCCAGGUGGGGAGUUAAGGGUCGUAUCUCUAUCUUACUUGCAGAGAAAUGAUUCUGUACUCGGACGACCCUAGCAUAAGCAUUCUCAUAGCCUGAGUUUUGUUUUUCGUGGCACUUGGAUUAAAGGAAUGGAACUAGAUGACGUACAGAAGCAAGGAAGGUUCAUCUCGAAGGAUCAGAGAUCGGCCCGGCUUCUUCAGCCAAAUUUCGUAGCAUGUCAAUAGGCAUAAUCUGCGUAACUAAUUGUACGAUUGCUGUAAAAGUGGAUCCACUUCUGAUUCAUUACUUCCACCUAAACUAGCCUGCAGUCAUACUGCCCAUGCAAGCCACCUUGGUGAAGUUUGAUUGGGGUCUUUUCCUGCUAGCUGAGCGCUCGACAGUAAGUCACUUAGAAGCUAGUCUACUAAAUACGGCUCCUUAGACAGUUGAGCUUCAACUGUAACACGGAGCGACCACGUGACACUUGGAGACAAAUGAAUCAUGACCGAAAACCCCUCUAAUAAUCGAUGCGGACAAAGCCGGUGAUGGAGCGGCAGCAGCGGACGCGAGGGCAGGAGAUGCCACAGGAGCACAGCCUGGAGAGGCUUCGCAAGUAGCGGCACCGAUACAGCCACAAUUCGAUCUGGACAAGCUGAGAGACGAAAUUAGGGACAUCGUCCGCGUUAUCUGGAAAGAGGAAGUCACAGUGGAGAGCAAGAAUGAGGUGCCUAAAACUCAGUCGCUUGUCGUAUCUAACGAUCUUCAAUUACCUCUACAACCUCAACCGCUACCUUGCUGAAUACAUAAAUUGAAACAGUUCAUCUGGUGAUCUUGUUAUGAACAAGGACCAAGCCUUCUUGCUGAAGAGCCAACUCCUUGAUCCCACUAACUUCUUCAGAAACAACUGCUGGAUAUUCUACGACUGCGGGAUAGCGAAGUGAUCCGAGCGCACGAGAAGGUGGCGGAGGUAACGGGGCUGCUUCUCGCAGCAGACAAAACUCUUGAAGCUAUGAAAGCGCAGGUAAAAGACGCGGAAAAAGAGAAGGAUGCGGUACAUCGUUUACCUCUUUAGGUGUGUUUUUUUACUGCGCGUGCAGUCACUGUUCAUCGAGUCUUGCGUUUUCCCUUAACGACCUUAAUAUACUGUAUGUGAUACAGCGCUUUACAGGUAUGUAUGUAUGAUGUCAACGUUCGUCAUUUCCAUAAACUACGGACUAUGAUUCGGUCGAACAGAUAUUAAGCUUAAUCCGUCGCGGAGCCCUGACUUGCGACAAGACCACGGUCCUUGGUGGCAUCUAUAAACAAGAACAUAAUCGAUCUUCGUUAACAUUAUUUGACAUCAAAAUCAACUUCAUCAGCUCCACGACCGAAUGAUAGCGGCUCGUGUGACCGAGCAGAAAGCGACUACUAUCGUCGAUGCAAACACCAAAAGAUCAAAUGAUUUGGCCCGUGAUCUAGAAGUAGAGAAGAAGCGACGGUUAGACGAGCGGAUGAAGCUAGAGGGUAUGGUCGAACAGGCGAAGGAGGAUCAUCGAGUGGAAGUACUUAAAAGAAUUCUGUAAGAAGUAUUGAAAUUCUGGAUCAAUGGCUAAAAGGAAUAGCAAAAAGUGUGACGUCUUUCACUUCGAACGAAGAUGCUUUCUCCAAAUUCAUUGAAUUCCAUUUUGCUAACGAUAUUUUCACGACAUUCAUCUUGUCUCACAGCUAGUUCUACUUACUAUCCUUAUCGUUCGCAUGGAAAUGAAUGAUGUCGCUCCUUUCAUCAGGUAAUGGCCUAUCGACGGGCGCUGUCGACGGAGGAGGCGAAGGUCGUUAGCUUACAGAGGGAGUUGAAAGAGUGUAGGGAGAGAAUCGCGGAGCUAGGAAAAGGCGGUAACGGUACCGGACUUAUCGGAGCGCUCAAUACCGGAGGAAGUAGUAAGUUCUAUUCGACCGGCAGUGGCUCCAGUAAGGCAUACCACGGAAAUCGUGGAGCUAAGGGGAAGAAAAAGAAUGGCACAAAGUCUGUCGAGAGUAUCUACACUCCUCUCAGCAGCACCAUGACGUCCCUACCGAAGAUCAACAACUCGACUGGAGGGUUUUCGACUAGAUAAGCGCGGUUUCUACAUGACCACAUGAAAAAAUUGUCCGAAGCAAGCAAAAAAAGUUCAACACUAUGCAUGCUAAACCAUCAACAUAAAGUAGAAAAACACCAUAAGCAUAACAAGAUAGUACGUAUUCGUCGCUUGAGCAUUUCCAUUUUUCCUGUUUCCCACACUAACUUCUCAGGGUUAGCAGGAUUCGAGGCAAGCUCGACUUGCAUAGCGAUAGCGUGCAUAGAUAGUGUCCAAGUCAGAAGUGAGAUUCAGUGAAAUCUACAGAGUGGAGUCCUUUCGCAUCGAACUAUUCAUACUACAAGUCAAAAUUCUUCAUGCCGUUGGUAGACUAAAGUCAUAAUCCAUAAACCUGUAACAAGCAAAAAGUCAAGAAGAUGUAAUCAAAGUCUGUUGAAUAAUUGUUAUUGUCGCACUCGCACAUCUAGAUCCACACUUGCAAACCACCAAAGAUUGAAAUUAUACAUAUGGAGAAGAUGAAGAUGUAGACGAAGAUGAUCAUCAUCACAACUAAUGUUUUCUCCGAAAAAUCACCUCAUAAAGGUAUGUCACAUGCAAGAACUCUUUCCAAAAUUAAUUAGACGCCCAACAUGUCGCGGCCCCGAGGAGCUCUGGAACAAGCACUGUCGAUUUGAUAAUGACUGCAGAAACAUGCAAAACCACACUUGUAUUUGUUGCAACAAAUAAUACAGUCAUAACAAAUUUAUCUGUUCAGGAUCGAGCCCGCAAAUUCGUACCAGUUCCUCUCUAAAAUUGUACCGCAAGAGAUGAUUAGUCAUAAACAUAACAAAUUCAAAAAAAUAGUUCCUGUUUCUCACAACUGUUUCUAUGAUAUUAACUGAAUCAGCAAUAGAAUCGAUGGAUGAAACUAUGAAAAAUGUGUAACGCAAGAAUAAGAUUGAAGCGAAUCCUCGUGAGGCGUGGUGCUCGCCUAGGCCAUAUUGUACAUACGCCCUCACACGAUUUCCAACUGCACUAGACCCACCCAUAAAUGAGCAGAAUCUGGACGAGUAUAUGUAACACCAACGUGCUUUGUUUGUUUCUUUGAAGAGAGGCAGAUUGAAAGAAGAAC